AUGGCUGCCCCUGCUUCCAGCAUGGGCCCACUCGGGCCCUCUGCCCUGGGCCUUCUGCUGCUGCUCCUGGUGGUGCCCCCUCCCCGGGUCGCAGCCUCGGUCCACAGACACCCAGAGAACCAGGGAAUCUCCCUGACUGGCAGCGUGGCCUGUGGUCGGCCCAGCAUGGAGGGGAAGAUCCUGGGAGGCGUCCCUGCGCCCGAGAGGAAGUGGCCGUGGCAGGUCAGCGUGCACUACGCGGGCCUCCACGUUUGCGGUGGCUCCAUCCUCAAUGAGUACUGGGUGCUGUCGGCUGCGCACUGCUUUCGCCAGGACAAGAAUAUAAAAAUCUAUGACAUGUACGUAGGCCUCGUAAACCUCAGGGUGGCCAGCAACCACACCCAGUGGUAUGAGGUGAACAGGGUGAUCCUGCACCCCACAUAUGAGGUGCACCACCCCAUCGGAGGUGACGUGGCCCUGGUGCAGCUGAAGACUCGCAUUGUGUUUUCUGACUCCGUGCUCCCGGUCUGCCUUGCAACUCCAGAAGUGAACCUUACCGGUGCCAACUGCUGGGCUACGGGAUGGGGACUAGUCUCACAACAAGGUGAGACCUCAGACGAGCUGCAGGAGGUGCAGCUCCCGCUGAUCCCGGAGCCCUGGUGCCGCCUGCUCUACGGACACAUGUCCUACAUCAUGCCUGACAUGCUGUGUGCUGGGGACAUCCUGAACGUUAAGACCGUGUGUGAGGGCGACUCCGGGGGCCCACUUGUCUGUGAAUUCAACCGCAGCUGGUUGCAGAUUGGAAUUGUGAGCUGGGGCCGAGGCUGCUCCAACCCUCUGUACCCUGGAGUGUAUGCCAGUGUUUCCUAUUUCUCAAAAUGGAUAUGUUAUAACAUAGAAAUCACGCCCACUCCUGCUCAGCCAGCCCCUGCUCUCUCUCCAGCUCUGGGGGCCACUCUCAGCAUCCUUGUGGCCAUGCUGGCUGGCUGGUCAGUGCUGUGA